GAAUGGCUCUGGGGAAAUACGCACCUGUCGAUUCGGCUAAGGACCCGGGAUCUAUCUCCUUCCCUCCAAAGGAUCCCGGCUGGGAUCGAUUAAAUCCAGCCCUACCCAGUUCAGAAUCUGGAGCGGAUCUCCUGCCCAUCCUGGCUACUUUUCAGAGGUCCUGAGCCCUCCCUGCCCACAAAGGGCACGGCUCCUGCCGGUUCCAGGAGGGCAGUUCUGGGACUCCCCGGACUUUCGCCUUAAGGAGAAGCCAUCGGCAACUUUGCAAGGAGCCCUUGGUGUGUUUCCAGCGCUGCAAACUCUUGCAGCCUCUGGGACCGGCUGUUCGGGGUGCCCACGGCUGUGCCCAGCCAGCGGUUGAAAACUUCUGGGAAGUUAUUUGGGCUAGGAGGAGGGACCUUUUUAAAAUAUUUACCCGCUGCCGGGUAAAUGCUUUGCAUCAGCGUAAUCCGUUGCUUCCGGGUUGGGCUUUCUCUUCUGCCUCACAUCCUGGCACUGCUCGGGGUUCUCCCCCACAGCUUUGCGGGCACCCUCUGGCGGCCGCUGCUCGCUGACUCUGGCUUUCUGCUUCGGCCUUUUCCCCUUUGCAGGCAUCUCGACUGGCUGCUGUCCCAAGCCAGCCUCCUCCUCCUCCUCCUCCCACGUGUCCUUCCUCUCCCCAGCCUUUGCUGUGGGCUGUUUUCCUCCGGGCAAGGAAGCCGGUGGCCCUCGCGUGCUGGAGGCUGAACACAUGACAGGUCUUGUGUACAUCACGUGUUCCCGGCCCCGUGCCAGGCCGUGACGCGGUGGGUGGAGGUAGGAUACAGUUCCACAUAUGGAGAGGAGCCCGCUCGGCUCGGGGUUUGGCAAGGAGUCGUCGGUCAGUGGAUGGCAGCGACUGAUGGGGCCGUUAGGCAGGACGCUGGGCCCGUGGGGGGCUCCGGGGCAGGUCCACCACCGAAAUCCGGAAGGAGAAAUCCCGAGACGCAGCGCGAUGCCGACGCAGCAAGGAGACGGAGGUGUUCUACCAGCUGGCCCACACCCUGCCCUUCGCUCGGGGGGUGAGCGCCCACCUGGACAAGGCCUCCAUCAUGCGCCUGACCAUCAGCUACUUGAGGAUGCAUAAGCUGCUGAAUUCUGGAGAAUGGCGAGAUCAAGUCAAAGCAGAAGAGCAGGUGGAUUCUUACUACCUGAAGGCCCUGGAUGGCUUCCUGAUGGUCCUGACUGAGGAAGGGGACAUGAUCUACCUCUCUGAGAAUGUCAACAAGCACCUGGGCCUCAGCCAGUUGGAGCUGAUUGGCCACAGCGUGUUUGAUUUCAUCCACCCCUGUGAUCAGGAGGAGCUGCAGGAUGUGCUGAGCCCCAGGCAGGGUUUCUCCAAGAAGGGGGAAGUGAAGACGGAGCGCAACUUCUCCUUGCGCAUGAAGAGCACUCUCACCACCAGGGGGCGCACCGUCAACCUCAAGUCGGCCACCUGGAAAGUGCUGCAUUGCUCUGGGCACAUGCGCUGUUAUGCGCCGUCCAAGCUGGCUGCAGGGAAAGAAGGUGAAGGUGGCUUUACAGAACCCCCAUUGCGCUGCCUGGUGCUCAUCUGCGAGGCGAUCCUGCACCCCGCCAACAUCGAGACCCCCCUGGACAGCGGCACCUUCCUCAGCCGUCACACCAUGGAUAUGAAGUUUACCUACUGCGACGACAGGAUUGUCGAGAUGGCUGGUUACACCUCUGAAAGCUUGCUUGGCUGCUCCCUCUACGAGUACAUCCACGCCUUGGAUUCGGAUUCCAUCAGCAAGAGCAUCAACACCCUGCUAAGCAAGGGCCAAGCCGUGACCGGGCAGUACCGCUUCCUAGCCAGGAAUGGUGGCUACAUCUGGAUCCAGACCGAGGCCACCGUCAUCUCCAGCAGCAAGAACUCCCAACCCGAGAGCAUCGUUUGCAUGCAUUUCGUCUUGAGCCUUGCAAUCGUUGCCCUGCAGAUGUUAAGCGAAUUAUGUCACCGGAUUUCUCCAUUUUGGUUUCACCCCGCUGUGGAAGAGAAUGGCCUGGUCCUGUCCCUGGAGCAAACGGACCGCCAAGGGGAGCAUCGCCGGCUGCCCCCGCCCUGCCUCGAAGGGCUGGACUCCGAGAGCGCCUUGGAUGAGAUGGACCCCAACGGAGGAGACACCAUCAUCAACCUCAGCUUUGAGCUUCGUGGUCCCAAAAUCCUGGCCUUCCUGCGCCCGGCCAACAUCAGCGAGGAGGAAUUGCAGCUGGAUCCCAAACGCUUCUGCAGUCCGGAUCUCCAGAAAUUGCUGGGGCCCAUCUUUGACCCGCCCGGGGCUCAGAACUCAGCAGGGGGGACCGUGCGGGCAAAACCCCCUGCCCCAAUUGCCAAGCUGGCUCCAGUGGUUAAGAAGGCAUCUGGAAACCACAGUCCAGCGGACCUGCCCGAGGAGUUGGUGUUUGACAUGGAGAACGUGCAGAAGCUCUUUGCAUCCAACAAGGAGGAGCAGAGCGUGGAGACGACCCUGCAGGAUUACGAAGGCCUCGACCUGGAGAUGCUGGCUCCAUACAUCUCGAUGGACGACGAUUUCCAGCUCAGCAGCACCGACCACCCGCCCUGGCUGGCCGAGAAGCGAAGAGAUCCGGCGGGGGCAGGAGCCCGGCCCGCUUCGCCCCCUCCCAGGCCUCGGUCUCGAAGUUUCCAUGGCGUCUCUCCACGCCCACCAGAAGCGCCCACCCUUCCCCGCUGGGGCAGCGACAGCAGUUUGAGCCAGGGCCGUCCCGUCGAGACAUCUCUGGCCAACUCGCCCUGCGGAGAAGGCCAGAUGGUGGAGAUGGUGGCGUCGGUCAAGAUCCAGUCUGUGCAGGACGGGGCCGGUCUGAAUGGCCACAGGUCCCCCCUGGGCGGGAAAAAGAGGGCUCGGGAAAUUAGCCUGGAUGAAGAGAGGGAUCUCUUCCUGGAAACCAGUCCCCCCAAGCGUGCCCAUAACCACGAGGCUGAGGGAUUCCUGAUGCCCUCGCUUAGCCUGGGCUUUCUGCUCAGUGUGGAAGAGUGUCUGGAUGCCCGGUCCGAGCGGGGCUGCGGGGGCACUGUAGCCCUGGGCAAGAAGCUGCUGGCCCUGGAGGAGCCCAUGGGCCUCUUAGGAGACAUGCUGCCCUUCGUGGUGGACGGACCAGCGCUCUCCCAGCUGGCCCUGUACGAUGGCGAGGAGGAGGUCUCCGGGCGUGGUGGAGAGCAUUUCCAGCUGGGGGAGGAGCUCCUGGUGGAGCUGGACCAGGCCACCUGAAGUGGCGCCCUUGACCACCACCCCCUCCACACCUUCAUCCCACACUCCUGCUCUGCAGAUGGGACACCCGGAACCAAAUCCAACCAAAUGCCCUCGGGGAGGGGUUCCUCCCGGCCCUCUUCCCCGCCCGUCCACCCUCCACUGGCGUUCUUAGGACUCUUCCUAUCUCAGUCCCAUUCCUUUCCCCAGCAGCCUCUCCCCUCCGUAGACGGUAGGGAGGAAGGCUCUGCCACCCCAUUUGGUGCUUAUCCACCUGAAUGUUCUUGAACAACCGGAAAAGGGGCCAGGAGUGGGAUCGAUUCAUGGAGGGGGUCUGCUCUCUUCAUCCCCCAGAGGAAGAGAAAGCACCACAGAGGGAUCCCCCGGACGAGAAAGAGGGGUGCAGCUGCCCCUCAGAACCCAUGGGGGGCUGUAUCUUCUCCUCUGUCCUCAGCUUGCUGGGACAGACCCUUCAGCAUGCGCCCAGACUGUGAGAUCAGCCAUUCCUGGGCAAAAGGGUUCACCCCUUUGAGGGAGGUAAAAAAGUGGGGGGACCUGCUCUGAGAACAGAAUGACCAUCCGCCGUUAGCCUCUCGGGGGACGCCUCGCUGCGACUCCCCCCAAAUACUCAUGGUGCCUCCCAUUGACCUCAAACCAAGGUCUGCCAUUUGGAAAGGAAAACCAGAUCUCCUUGGAGCUUCUGCUCCUGAGAGGACAUCGUUCCUCUUAAGAUGGCCAACGUCUGAAUAAUCAGUCCCCAGAAUGAAACAGCGGUGCUUCGGCCCUCUCAGGGCCUAGUUAAAGAUCAAUCUAUGUUUACAAUCUCCAUUUCUGCCCACAUUCGGUGCAGAGGAAUUGGAUGCCAUGUAGAAACAAAGCAAGCUGGAAAGAAAACUCAGAUUAAAAAAAAAAGAAGAAAAAUUAAAAAAGCAUGCCACCUUUCCCUUAUCAAGCAAUCAUCAGGUGAGUUUUGCAUGUAGCCAGCAGAUCCCUGACUCAGCCAGAUGUCCUGGCAGCCAAAGCACAUCUGGAAACAGCCAGAUUGGGGAAAACUGGCUAGCUUGAAAAUUUUGAAUAGGAAAAAACCAAAAAAAAAAAAAAAAACCACAACCCCCUCAAUAUCCCCCUAUGCAAUAUUUUGAAACUGCCAGUAAUCAAAAUUUUCCAGAAAAACGGGGGGGGGGGAUUGCAAAACCCUAAAUCCUAGAAAGGGAUUGCAAAGUCCUAAAUCUGAAGAUAAAUGUUCAGGAGCCUUAAAGCGUGGCCUGACACUUCUUUAAAAAAGACCAUUUCCACGACAAGCUUUUUGCGGUGAAGAGGAGAGCGGCCAUCCUGUUUUUAAACCUCAGGAGGGACGGCCUGCCGCGAAGAUCUUUGAUAACGAAAAACGCUUUUCGUUAAGCGAGUUUGAACCGGUGCUAUGAAAUGUUAUCCAUUGUUAGAAAGGACACUGUUGUCGAUAUUUCAAUCACUUUUUUUUUUCUACUUUAACGAAAGGGGAAUCGACAUUUCCCUCACCCUCACCCGUCAGGCUUACUUGGAAGUAAGUUGCGCUAAAUCCAGGGCAACUUCAUCCGAAGUAAUGAUGUUUUUCAAACUUGGUUGCUUUGAGAUGGGUUGGACUUCAACUCCCAGAAUUCUGGGAGUUGAAGUCCACCCAUCUGAAAAAGUUUGAAAGACGGGCGGUGUGGGAAUCACACCCAACUUUUUUAGAGCCCGAUUUUAUGAAUGUUUUACUUAGAAGCUAUUGUCAUGGUGCUCAGUGGGUUUACGUUAAUUUCAACUCAAGUUGAUUGCAGUCUGAUUGGCAGCGUGGAAAGGGAACUCUCUUUUGGCUCGUAUGGAAAAUGGUUUUUCAAAUGAAAUCACCAAGUUCCAUUAUUUAGAAAUCAGCCUUUUGCAUAACUCUCCUUCGGGCUUAAAAACGAGCUGCUUUUCCAUUCUGCAAGUCCACUUGUACUGGACAAACAGACAUUAUCAAAAUAUCGAUUCACCUUCCCUCUUGUCCCCAGAAGCCCCCCCCCAAAAGCUUUAAUACUUAUUAAAGAGGUUGCAGUUACAAUACAUAAUCUUGAAAGUUGGCCCAGGAAGGAGAAUGUUGGCCAGUGUGUAAGUCCCGUUGUAACGUUAUCCCAGUGAGUAAAGCUUGAUUUAGACUUGCUGGCAACUGCCCGUAGGCAUCAGCACGUAUCUACGCCGCAAACGGGGUGGAUAGGUAAGCGUAGAUUGCAGAUGGUUGCCAAUAGGCCCACACCUCCCAAAUCCCAACUCUGUGUGGUACGGAGCUGCACAUGCUUCAGGACGUCAACAUCUGCAGAAUUAUAAGUGCCCCAGCUACGCCGUCAUUUCCGAACGACUAGCAGGCAUGUUCUCUGAUGUGCAGUGAUACAGAAGCCUAAACCAAGCUUAAAACACUUGAUUGAAUUGCAUCAGACACUGACCAAAAUUCUCCUCUCUGUGUGGCACUUAAAAUCCCCGCAACCCUUGGGAUGUUAUAUUACUAAAUACCUUUAGCAGUGGGCUGGGAGGGAGGUCCCCAAUAUUCCCAGUUUAGAAAAAAAAAAAAACAAGUUUCCUUGUUUUUGUUUUUAUCAUUUUUAUAUAGAUACACACACAAACACACACAUAUAUAUAUACAUAUAUAAAUCCCUCAGUUGCUUAGCCCUCGGCCUUGCUACUUUAACAGCAAACUUUGACCAGCUUUUUGCAUGUUAAAGGUUGGAUUUUGCACCCGGUCCCAAACCAGGCUUCACCUGCACAAUUCACUGCUUCCCACCCAUCCUGUGCAAAUCCUUUGGAUUUAAAAAAAAUAAAUAAGGAAAACUGAGUGAUAGGAGACAGUGUAAGCUACAACCAGUGUUUCUCAUGCCUCCCUUAGGUGUGUAUGUGUGUAUCCCGUUGGUGCAUGUGUCUGAGUAAGGUCAUUUAGCUGACCAGGAACCGAGCGACCCCCCACUUUCCCGUAGCAGAAGUGGCCCGGUUUCCCCGCUAGAUAACAGCUCCAGAAGGCCUAUAUUUCAGAAGCUCCAUAGUUUUAGAACUUUUAGCCAAGUUCUCUCAUCCCUCUUGGUGCUUUCUUUGCCCCUCCCCCCACACACGUGGGGGGACACUCAGUAGGGGGGAGCACCCCAUCCACAGGUGUUAAUGGGCUCACACAGGACAGGCAAGUCCUGGCCCACGGUCCACGCACGAUUGCCCAUGUUUUCCAGAGUGGGGGCCUGCUCCCACCUAGCCGGGGAAUGACCGUUUUGCAAAAAUUUCGGGGUUUGCCCCCUCGCGAGGUGGCAACGGGACGGGUGAGCUCUCUUUCGGAGGGUCCCCCCCUCCCCAUUCUCUUUCCCGAUCAGCCGCGAAGAAAACCGCAGUCUUAAGAGGGGCCAGCCCUGCCCUGGACACCACCUUUGCCUCGGUCAUUGUCCACCCGUGCCUUCACGUCGACAACUUCACCAGCUGCCACUGCAAAACUCGAGCUGACACGAAUCCAGCCCCUUCCAAUCGUCUCCCGGUUGAGAAGUGAACGUUGACUGUGGUCAGUGGCACAGUGGAACGGGAGAACGUGGCUAAUUCCCAGACCGUCUGCAUAAGGUAGAUCCCACCUCGGUGCCACGGAGCACGCAACCCCCUUUCCCGACGUUGUCGUGGAUUUGCAAGCUUUGCGGUUCAUCCGAAGGCGAGAGAAGAUGGCCGAAGGGGGUUGUGAGGAGAACCUGCUCCGCUUGGACCUACCAGCUCGGACUGUUCCCUUUUGUCGCGAGCCAAGCUCUCACGCACACCGACGUGUACACCAAGAUACAAACGCACACACCAAUGCAGUACACCAAGCACGCGCAAUCUCACAAAUCGACGGGCCACAACUGGCUCAGGCAGCUGUUGUUUUUUUUUUUUUUUUUCAAAAGCCGCACUUGACAAACACGCACAGAACAAUAGAAUUUCAAAGCCAGGUGAAGAACGCAGGAUAAGAUGUCUCUCUCUCUUUCUCUCUCUCUUCUUGUUUUUGUUGAGUUUGUUAGGAUUCUAAUUUUAAACCCCCAGCCACAGAGCAAAGGGGCAUCUUUGCCUCCACUGACUGUCCGCUGUUCCAUUUUGCUUUCUUUGUAUCGUGUAACCUUCCAAAUCCAUUUUCUUUUCUUGGAGAUCCUAGUGGGAAAAUGAGGGUUCUCUCCGAUUAUUGUUGCCGUUGCCGGUUUGCUGUUAUCAUAGGAAUUGUAGCUUUUUAACCGAUCGUCUGCCCCAAAGCUGGACGCUGCCACCGCUUGCCCGGUUAUCCUCUGAUUGUCCAGCAGACCAGCUCCUCUUGGGAUAGGAAGAGCAAGAGGUUGGUGUCUCUGGGUCUCCCCUGCCUGGGCCAGCGCCCGUGUCCACAACCCUCCCCUCCUGGCCUGCAAGGGGAACGUUUCUCGCCUGCUGCGGCCGUUUGUACUUCUGGGGACGCGUCGUGUAAUGUCUGCGACCUUUGGUGCUAAGCUCUCCCCCCGAGCAACGGUGCUCUGUUACUCCUUGAAUUUAGACCACGUUGUGGCCAUGGUGCUCUCGUCCCCUUUCCGAGUCGCCUGGAACGGCUGCCAGCCAACAAGAGCAGGGUGACCGACCACCCGCCCGAUCCCGACGGAGAUCUGACCUCAGGCUGGCAGAUGCCGCCCAAGUGCCGUGGUGCUGUGCUCUCUCACAUCCUCCUCUCCCCCCCCGCCGCCAGAUGACCCAGAGGCAGUGGUGCUAAGUCCCCUUGCCCGUCUCGGCCCUUCUUCGGAGGUCUGUUUGAAAAGCAGAACCGCCACCGAAAGACCCCCUGGGCUGUUGGAGUCUGCCCUGGCCGGGAAAAGCAACGGGUGCUCUUCCAGAGACCUUCAGAAGAGUUGGAGAUGGGGGCAGCUCAGUGUGCCCCCCAAAAACACCCCUCUUUGGUUGUAAUUGCUCAGUUGCUAGCCACGAGGCUCCCUCCUCGGUGGUGGGUGGACGAUGGGUGGUGGGGAGCAAGUGGUUGCUUCCCUUUGGUGAUGGGUGUCAUCGAACCCAAAGCAGUCUGUCUGUGGAGAUUCUCCAUCUUCCAGAUCCUGGUUGCCCCAAAGGUGUUUAAAAAAAAAAGGCAACUAGACUUGCUUUUUUUUUUUUGUCUUUGAAAAUGUUUUGCUUCUCAUCCAGGAAGCUUGUUCAGAACUAAAGAAGCUUCUUGGAUGAGAAGCGAAAUAUUUUCCAAAAAAAAAACCUAAGGAAGAUCAGUUGCCUUUUGUGUGUGCGGGGGGGAAAACACCUUUGGGCUAACCCAGGGGGUUCUCAACCUUGGCAACUUUAAGACUUGUGGACUUCAACUCCUAGAAUUCCUCAGCCAGCUUUGCUGGCUGAGGAAUUCUGGGAGUUGAAAUCCACAAGUCUUAAAGUUGCCAAGGUUGAGAACCCCUGGGCUAACCCAAAGCACUUUGGGGACCAGGUGAUCUGCUUUCCCCAACUCAGGGCUCUCCAGAUGGGUUAGUCUUCUGCCAUCUCGGCCAGCUCUAGCCAGGCUGGCUAGGAACGUUAGUAGCAAAUAUUCCAAAGUCUGAGGGGUACCAAGUAGAUGAGAUUGGGGUACAGCAGGCUGACCCACUUGCCGUCUACAGGCUGCACCUCCCACCGUCGUUUCCUAGACUGAGAAGAGGGAAAUUUCAAUGGUCUCUGGAAGACCACCCGUUGUACACCGUUACCACCCAGAGACACGACCUCCUGUUCUUCUGGACACCACUUUUACGCACACACAUUGCCUUUCGCCCAUAUUGUCGUGCCAGCCAGCACUGAUAAAUUAAGGUCUUGGAGCUGUCUUCUGGGGAAGCUUUCCCUGGUGGACAGGUCUCCUUGAAGCUCAGCCUGCUCAACGUUCUCUUGUCCCAAACUUUGAGAUCUGCCCAGAAGACCCUUGUUUUAUCUUGAUGCUAAUGAAGCCCAGUUACCUGGCCAGGUGCCCUGUGCAAUCUGGAUGUACACCCCAGAGUUGGGCCCAGCAUCCUUGAGUCCUCCAAAGCGAAGACUUGAUGAUGUUCUCUCCUUGUCCUACAAGCCUUUGGGAGUAUACAUCUAUCGUUGGGCUCUUCUCUCAAGUGCCUCGUCGAUUCCCAAUUGGGGAUGGUGGGUGUCAGUAAUUUGUUUCUAAGCCAGGUUUGCUUAUCAUACAACACCAGGCAAAACAAUGUUAGAGUUAUUGGUGGUUCAGCAUGGUGGUUCAGCAUUAUCUCACCUGUCCUAUAAAGCAGAUCACGGCUCAUUUGCUUGGUCACGCCCGAUUAUACAGACCUAAAAAUUACAUUUUCUGAAACCAGAUUUCAGGUUUAAUCAAUAUAAACUGAGAAUCCAUGCUAUGCCAUCUCGGGAACAUUAACUUUGGAACACGUUAGUGGCAGCUUUCUUGAAAACAUGUAGUUAUGCAAACGGGUUAGAGAUUAGAGGCCGGUGACUAAUAAUGUAGAGCCUACUUUUUCAAAAUCUGAUAAUAUUGAUAGAAGAGAAUAUUUGAAGCUCAGGAUUGAACUGUGAGCUCCUUGGUGCUCUCUUGACAUUUCAUGACCCAACUAGGUAACAUCAUCAGUGCUGGAAGGGAGGUGGGGUUGCGCGCUCUCCAAAGACUUUGCUCUACAGUCCUCCUAGUACUGAUGAUGUUACCUAAUUUGGAUAUGAAACAUCUGCAAAGAAGCCACCAAGCUCAGAGAUCACCAAGGGCCCCACAAAAUACGAUGUGUGGAACUUCAGCCUUUACCAUCCCUAUUCAGCCCAGCCUAGAUCACGAGGGCUGAAGUCCCGUGCAUUCUAAAAGGCACUAAAGAAGUAAAAACACAAUUUUAGAAGUUGGGAGGGAGAAAGGAGAUCGCCCUGGUAGUCAAAUAGGGACAUAAAGAGGGGCAAAGUGUCAACAGAAUUGAACUUAUAACCUGGAGUUCACGUUAAUCCAGAGUGACCUUGGUUUUAAGGUCAGAUUAGUGUAGAUAAGGAGGGUCUUCCCUUUUGACUGGGACAAUUGGGUUGAAGUAGAGGUUAGCUCUCUUAGAUACACCCCACUAGGGAGGUGGUGCCAUUUUUUCCCCAUCCACUCCUCUCUUAAAUUCUUAUUGCCCUUGAGCAAUUGAUGCAGGUGAGUAUUUUUGAAAUUGUUCACCCCGAGAUCUGAGAGACGGUAAUUUCCCUGGAAAAUCUUCAACCAACCUCAAGCUGGCAGAGAACCUCUUCACUUAAAUGUUUCUCAGCCUUGGCCACUUUUAAGAUGUGGGGACCUCAACGCACAGCACUCUGGGAGUUGAAGUCCACCCCUCUUAAAGUGUGCAAGGUUGAGUCAUACUGCCAAAUUAAACCUAUGGCUGAACACCAGACCUGCCUUUGAAAACCUGGCUGGCACGGCAAAGACCUUUGGGGAAGGCUCUUUCAAAGGAGAAACUGGGCAAGAGGUUCCAGCGUCUUUAACAGCUUUGGGAUCUGUUCAUAUAUAAUUUUAUAUAUAUAUAUAUAAUUAUUAUUAUUUCCUCUAUCUUUGUGUAUGGUUAAUUCCUCCCCCUCUCUGUGGCGGGAUCAGGUUUGGCCCCUGUUAUGUCUGUAUGUAUCACUGUUGUGAAACAUAAAAUAUGUCUGGUAACAUGCAAA